AUGGAGCCCCGUUGCGGCACGCGCGUGGCGCGGUGCUCGCCCGCGCUCGUCCGCGCUCUCUCGCCCUUUGGCCCCCCCCUGCCCCGGCCCCCAGUCCCUCUGGCCCCGUUGGCCGUGCGUAGGUCGCGCGGGCAUUGUCCAGCCGAUGGCUGCGAAGGCGAGGUGUGCACACCUUGUAACACUCCUGCAACACCACCAAAUUUCCCUGAUGCUCUGCUGGCAUUCUCGAGGAUGUCCACAGGAGGAGACAAGCUGAGCUCUUCGCCGUCAGGGAUAUUCUCCACAUCACCCAACCAGAACAGUCAAUGCUUGCAACAGCCACUUCAGGCUCAGCCAAUGCAACAGCAGCAACAACAACAACAGCAGCAGCAACAGCAGCAGCAGCAGCAGCACGUGCUUUGUCAGUCACCUGGUCAGCAACAAACAAAUGUUGGUUUUGGCUCUGGUUUCGGCAUUGAACUGCAGAGAUAAGCUCAGCUCAUGACCUCCUGAGGGAGGCAUUUUCUUGUGGUGAUAGUUUGCCACAAAGUGGAAAUAUUCAUCUUUUGUUUCUUUCGGUAUAAAGAAAGACCCCACAAAUAUUAUCCCUUAUUCAGGGAUCAUUUUAGUACAAGAAAAAUGAGGGAAGCCAUGUUUUGUUGAGGGAAUAUCAGAUGGUGAUUGGCGACAUUGUCCCUUAUUCUUAAUUAUGUCUCUUUUAGAUAAGAGCAACACUUAUGUUGCAUUAAUUUGUUAAGUAAAAAAUUCAGUCAAAUCGAUUAUAAUUAGACAAUAAUAGUCACAGUAGUAUGUUGAGUGUGUUAAUGCGUGGGAGUGUAUGAAUGUAUAAAAGUCUUAAAGCGCUUAUCUAUGAUUAGAGAUAACUCUAAAUAUCAUAGACGAACUACCACAUAAUGUAAGAUUGGAUUGAUAACUACAUUUGAUAACAUAAUUUGAAUAAUGUUUGUGUAUGCAUGGAUUAAGAGGAAUGAAGCAGUAGGCAUGUAGCAUCUCAGAGAAAUUCUGAAGUUGUCCAUAUCCCAUUUCCUCUUUACUGAUAUUGGUGUAUUGUAUCCAUUUGGUCCAUUCAUAUUGGUGGACCUCUUGACACAUUGCCUCUGACUGUAAUUUUUGACUGUGGGUGUAUCAAUCUCUUAAAAAGCCAUUACAAAAAUAGCAACUCAAAAAAAAUGUUUGUUAUCUAUUCUUAAUUCCUUGCUGUGGUUAUUGUGCAAGAAAGGUGCUUAUAUAACUUCUAUGGGAUAAUAGUAAUGGCUAUGAUAGAAAUCAUGGAAGACUUAAUAUGCUGUAUACCAUAGGUGUCACAAUGCCUGAUUAGUUAAGAAAGGUAUGAUGUAAAUAUGUAUAAAUUAUAAAGUCUAACCAUAAUGUUUAUAUUAUAUGUGUUUAAUGUUAGAACUGCUUAGUUUCAUUUCCUUUAACACAUUCAGAAUUGUAGAUAUCUGGCUAUGAUUCCAAAGAAUGGAGAGUUGCCCCUUCUUGUGCAAAUUCCUUCUUUUAUGGUCUCUGUUCUAUAGCAUUAUACAGUCUCUGUCACAUAUUGUUGAAGUUUGAUAAUUCAUGUUCCUAAAAACUGAUGAUGUCAGUAUACUUUGUGAUUGUAAAACCAAUUACCUGAAGAAAAUGCCAUUCUGUGAAAAUGUUUGCAAUCAUUACCGAGGAUGGAUGAGGACACCUGUGUGAGGUUUGGAAAGAAUGUGUUUACUAUUUCUGAAUUGCACAAUUUUAAAUUCUCAAUCCCUUUUCAUUAUGAGACAAAUUUUUAUCUCUUAGCUAACAUGUUUUAUUCUGAUAAUAAAAGUAACAAACCAAUUGAACACUCAGAAAGAUGGAUAAGAGUGUGUGAGAGUAUGGACUGAUUGCUUAGUGGAACUUGAGAAUUUUUGUGCAUUUGGUUAACAGCAUUUGAAAGGAAGUUCCCUAGUCUCUGGCUAAACCUUUACAGAAAAUUUCUUAUAAAAUAAAAAUAAAAAAUAAAUAAAAUACUUAAACUGUAUUCAAAUUCAUUGGAACUGAAGCAGUAAACUGAUGGUUAUUGAACCUGCAAAUCUGCAAAAGUCAGGAAUUCAUAAAUUUAAAGUCGUGAUUGCUUUAUUGUAUGAAGAAAGAACAUGACAAAUACAAACAUCUUCAUUUUUUUUAUUACUGAGAAAUGUUAGAAAGAGCAUCUCUUUCACUGUUUUUGUUUUUAAAACUUUGAGAUGGUUGGUCGUAUUAGUAAAUUUCCUUUGGUAUACUUGAAUUUUUGUGUAGGUCAUAUUAUUAAUGAACAUUAUGUAAUUUCUUUCCAAUCAAUGAUAGGCAAUUUUUCUGAUAUUUAUUUUAUUUAUUUGUAGAUUUAUUCUUCAUUUUGCUAUUUUAUCAUGUGAUGAGGACUUUCCUUGCAUCAAGUGGCACUUGCCAUCAGUGUCUGUGGCAGUUGUGCAGUAGUGUUAUAAGUCCUUGAACUGUUUUCUAUGUUUCUAGUUUUUGUGUGUACAAUUGUAAUAAGACUAAAAAGAAUGGUAAAUACCAUUAUGCUUCUUUACAAGUAUUUUUUCAAUAUAUGAGUGUGCACUCGCCAAAAAAGUUUUGCAUAAAAUUUAUGCUUCUUAAGGUUACAAGAGUAUUUAUAUGAUUUGAUGUAAUGUACCUCGUUCUUAAAUUUACAAAAGGAAAUAUAAGAUAUUUGAAAUUUAUUGUAAUGUAAAAUCAAUUACCUUGCACUCGUGGAUUUUAAAUAUGAAAUUCAAGGACUAUAAAAGCUGAUUUUUUUUUCUCACUGAGUAUAAAAAUUUGGCAUUAUGACAUUUGACACAUACCUGAUACAAAUUUUCAGCCAUGUUUUUAGAGAUCAAUUCAUGAUGAAAUGUUUAAUGUUUACAAAAGAGACAUCCUAAAAUAAUUUUGUAUCCUUUACAUUCAGGAAUUAAGCAAACUAGUAAUUUUUGUAGUGAUUUAUGUAAUAACUGAUAUCUCUUAAAAUAUGUCUCCAGAAUAUGCAAAACUUUUGUGCAAAACUAUUGUUAUUGAGUGUUUUGCAGACUGAUAAACAGGAGCAGAAGUGCAAGAAAGUCUUAUUGAAAAACUUAAUAAAUAGGAAUUAUUAAAGUUAUUUAUUUCAACCCAUUAUCUUUUGUGAAAGCUUAGAAAUAUAGAUAUCAUUUUGUUAUCGUGACACUAAUAGUUAAUCAUGUAAUACUAAAGUAUAUUCAAGGUAGCCCUAUAUUAUGUUCAGCAAUUUCCUCUUCUUCAUAUAAUAAAUUUGAAACCUUGUGAUAUCAGUAUUUGGUAUAGUUGUUUAGUUUUAAUUGACAUUAAAUUUGUUUUCAGUGGGCUAUAGCUCAUACAAUUUAAUAAAUCUGUAACUGCAGAAAAGAAAAAUCAAUAUUUUUGUUUGUUAAUAUUUUUUCACUUGGAUGUGCUCACUUUUAUUUUUGCUGUACUCGGUAGAAAAGCAAAUGAAUACAAUUAUUCCAUUCAUGUAAAUUAGGUAGGAUUAUUAUUGAAGUCAAAAUUCUUAAAAAUAACGAUGAUAUUAUUCAAGACACUGUAUACAUCAUAUGUAAUGUUUUAAAAUUGCUUUGAAGUAUGAUAAUUCAAAAACAGUGGACCAAUAUAAAGGAAAUGGUUACUUUUAUUUUGUAUUUCAUGGUAUGUGAAUGAGAAAACCCAUAUCAUGGGAAUGCUGUGUAAAUGCAUAAAUUAAUUGAUGGAAUUUGUAUACUUGAUCUGUCUAGAAUAUAAGUAUUGUGAAAUAUUUAAAAAAUCUAAAAAUAUUGUGUGUACACCCAUGUUCAUUAGCAGUAAAACCAUAUUUAAAUUCUUGUAAGAGAAGAUCGAUCAAAAAGUAUCAAAUCAUUUACUACACAUCGCAAAAGCCAUCAAUUUUGUGUUUUGUUUUUAAUUUUGUAAUAUAUUUAUUUUUUUCAAUUGUAGAUGUUGAGUAGCGAUUUGCUUUGUGAUCAUUUCUUAUCUCAUUCCGUGAAAUGCAAAAUACAGAUAUGUUGCUCAGCAGGACACAGAAUUUUGUUCAAUAUUUCAAGUAUGAAUAUCUAGAUGUAAUGAUGUGUACCCUGAUGCUAAAAUGGCAUUGGAUUUGCCAAAGAUAGUUACGGUGUUAUGUUCUUUUCAUGAAUUGUGGCAAAAUGAAAUUUUCGACCAAUGUACUUUACUUCACAAGUAUUUGGCCAUUUAAUUGGUGCUGUGCCCUAAAAAGAG